CUUCCACUUCUAAUACAGUUUGUCGUCUGCCUCCAUCCCCUUUAUAAAAUCAUGGAAACACCAGGAGAUGAAGUUCCGGAAUUAGCUGUUGAGACCGAAAAUGUCCGCAGAAAUUCUGCCAGUGCCACAGCAGAGCUGAAAAGUCUUCAGCCAUCUUCCUUGGAUCUCAGUAUUGAAAAUGCUAAUAAAUGUAGCAUAGUUCAUCCUAAACCAUGUUCAACUACAUCUGAAAUAAAAAAUAUUAAGAGAGUUGAUUCAGACUCAAAAUUUGGAGUUUUGGAAACAAUUCCAUUAGAACUUUCUGGUCAGGAGGCAUCACCAAGAAGUGGGUCUCCAAAUCUUGAAAAAUCAGAAAAUUUGACAUUACAGCUGAGAUCUUUGAGUAUGAAUGAUGGCAAUAUUCAGUCAGAUGUACACAAAAUGUCUUUUCAAAGACCUCAUUCAGCUACAGAAUGUGAACAAAAUACUUUGAGCAAGUACUUCAGGGUUAAUCCAGUCCCAGCUACAAAAAUUGAUUCAGAAGGUGUUGAAUUUUUUAAUGCUUUAGCAGAAAGUGCUCAAGGUACAGUAGCUGUAAAAUCAGAAACCAGUGGUACUGCUGAAGGAAGCAGCAAUUUUGGGCAAAAUAAAACAGCAGAUGUGGAGAAAAAAACCGAGAUUGCAGAAGAAGCAUUUGAAGAUUCUAUUAAAAAAGAACCUCCUCCAGUUUUGCUGAAGUUUUUUGCUGAAGAUAAAAGUGGCAGUGAUAGGGAUGGCAAAGCAUUUUUUGAUAAAAUUGCUGAAGAAAAAUUACCAAAGGGUCCUGCCACAGUAGAACUUCACAAAGAAAUUUUACCAGAUAAUUCAUCUCAAAAUCAAUUCUUAGCAUCACCAGUGUGUAAUGGAGAAAUUGAAGAAGCUUGGAUUCCUUCAGAGAGAACUCGUCACACAUUGGUAUCUGUGAAUACAUCUAGUUCUUUUGUUCCAGAUAAAAAUUUGCUGACAAUGCCAGGAAUCAUAAUUGAUGAAGAAAUGGAAGAUCCUGUAAAAGCACUUUUAAUUGAAUGUAAUUCUCCAGAAGCCCAGAAAAGAAAAGUCCUAACUGUUUCUGAUGUUACAGAAGAUGAAAUUGGUUUACAGAAAUUAAUGGAAGCAGAAUGUUACCAUGCUGCCAUAAACCUUACUAAAAGAUUACUGAAAUCAUGUAAUCAAGGUCCAGGCGAUGAAGGCAAACCAAGUAAACAUACACCAUAUACAUUACGUUUAUGGUACACACGUCUGGCUUUGAUGGUUAAACUUCGGAAGUUUUCGUAUGCUGAGGUAGAGAGUGCAGCAUUUGGUGAUUUGGAUAAACCAGAUUUGUAUUAUGAGUAUUAUCCUGACCUGUUUAAAGGAAAAAGAGGCACAAUGGUACCUUUCUCAUUUCGAAUUCUUCUUGCUGAAUUACCACAGUAUCAAGGCAAUCAUCAAAUUGCUUUAGAUAAUAUGCAUCGUAUUCUUAAUGUCAUUCAAAAAAUGCUGAAAAAUGUACAAAGUGGUUGUGCUGAAGAUGGUAGCAUGAUUAAAUUACCAGAAUCAAGGCAAAAAGCAUCUUUGGAAAUCUGGAGCAAAAGAGAAAGGCGAGUUUUAUAUUCAAUAUUGAACUGUGUUUUAUCUCAGAAGGAUUACAUAUUAGCAGUUUCGGUGAUAAAGAUUCUAAUGGAAAAAAGUCAGGAACAUGCACCAGAACUUCAUUCUGCUUUAGGAAGAAUAUAUUUGCAGCUUGGAGAUGUUAAGUAUGCUCAAGAGUGUUUCACAAAAGCAGGAAAACUUUCAGAAGACAUACCAGAAAAGUUCCGAGUGGAAGAAAAAAUUAAUAAAGCUUUGCUUGCUAUUGCUUUUAAUAAUAGUGAAGAAGCAUAUAAGUAUUACCAAGAAGCCUACUCCAUAUCUCCUGGUAAUGCUAUGCUUGCUAAUAAUAUGGCAGUGUGUUUGUUAUAUAUGGGAAGAUUAAAAGAAUCGCUGAAUUUAUUGGAAAAGACAAUUCGUAGUAGUCCCUCUUCCUGUCUUCAUGAUGGAAUUCUUUUUAAUAUAUGUACACUUUAUGAGCUGGAAUCAUCUCGAUGCACACAGAAGAAACUUGCCAUGUUAGAACUGGUUUCAAAAUAUGCUGGAGAUGCAUUUAAUAUAACUUGUUUGAAAAUUCAACCAGUAGUGAAAGCAUAAAAUGCAUUUAAUAUUUCAUUUAUGUUCAUGUAAAAUAUUUGAUGUAAAUUUAUGUAUUAUGAUUUA